CUAAAAAUUGUUAUUUACGUCCCUACCCCCUUUCCACUAUUUACAUGCUAUAGAGAGAGUAGAAUAGUAGUGCAAGUGUAGUAAGCGUUCUAUACCUUCUGCACUGACGCAAGGGAAAUGGGCACAAUCGACGAAUGAUUAAUAACCACCAGAUUGACUGAGGUGCCGGUCGUGUGAAGAACUCUUGGGGAGUUUAUCGAGUUUGUUCCUUAUCUAUCGCGUGCUUUCAAGUGCGCCAGCAAUACACAUGUCACUAGCGUAUAUACAGUGAGGGUAUCGCUAUCUACUCGUCACAAUGGGUGGCACUAGUUCGUCACUCACGAGCAAUGAAGUAAGAGAUAUAGCUGAGCAGUAUCAAUGUGCACCAAGAAAAAUCAAGAUUGUUUGGGCGGAAUAUCAGGAAGCUCUGUGGCAACAACAAAAUGAGAGACUAGAUAGUGAAAGGGAAGCCAGCUCACCUGGAAAAGUCGGAACUCCACGAUCAAAAGCGCUACGCAACAAAACUACGCACCGAAAAGAAAGCAUAGUACAAAACGAAAGCUUGGAUUUCGAAGCCUUUCGAACGUUCUGCUCCUCUUACUUUAAUAUAGACACAACCUGUGAGAACUCAGUGAGACAUCUUUUUGGAAGCUUUGAUAAAGAUGGCGAUGGUAUGGUCUCGUUCGACGAAAUCAUGGUCAGCGCUAUGGUUCUCGACAACGGCACUCCAGAAGAGAAGCUCCAAUUUUUAUUCCAAGCGUAUUGCCGGGAUGUAGAAGCUGGCUUGAAUAUUGAAACUCAGCUUGGGCCUAUCUGCGAUCAAAUGGUUGCGACAAAUGUUGCCAUGGGCCGAAACGUGGAGGGACUCAAACCGACUCUGAUGAAAAUGCUGAGAGAAUUAGAUCGCAGUGGGGAUGGGUUUAUCUGCGAGGAAGAAUGGGUCCAGGGUGGUGUCAAAAUUGUUCCUUUGCUGGUAUUGCUAGGAUUAGAUCAGUCGACGUACAAUCUGCAAAAACGAGUGGAGGGAGCGCACAUGUGGAAACUUACGCGACGAAGAUCAGCAUUGUCCACAUCUGCCAGGAAGAACUUUUGUGCAAUAUGUCUGGAAAAUAUCAAAGCCGAAAGCUUGACGUGCAACUCUUGCGGGGCUACCGUGCACAUGGUCUGUAGUACAGUCAGUCAUAAGUGUAGGCCCACAUACUCGCUCACUGAGGGAGGCACCGUCCCGCAACACUUCUGGGUCGCCGGAGGUUACAAGGAGGAUAGAUGUAUAUCCUGUCUGGAGAAAACAAAAGAGAAUACCAUAAGCUAUAAAUGCUCCUGGUGCAAGAGUUCCUUACACGACGUAUGCAAGACAAACACGGACGGUCUCUCAUCACAGGACGAGUGCACUCUAGGGCAAUUCAGAAACCUGAUAAUUCCGUAUACCGGAUUCCAUCUGAAACCAGUUAAUCACGACAAGUCGAUAUCGGAUAUUGAACGUCUUAAAAUAAACGAUACCGUGGAGUUCUCGCGUCGGAAGAGCUCCUCCUCGUACGAUGAGUUGUCCAAGCCUCUGGAAAUCAUUCCGACAGAGAACUCGACUCCGUUACUCGUUCUUAUAAAUCCCGGCAGUGGGGGUCAACAGGGAGAAGGUAUCAUCGACCAGCUGUCGUACAUGCUGAAUCCGAGACAAGUCUUCGACGUGAUGGCUCACGGUGGACCGGGAAAAGCGCUGCAACAAUUCUACGACGUGCCUGGGCUGCGACUGCUAGUUGCGGGUGGUGACGGCACUGUGGGGUGGGUGAUGAGUGAGAUUGAUAAGUUGAAUUGGCAGGAUGCCGAGGGUCCACCUAUAGCUAUCUUGCCCCUGGGAACAGGUAAUGAUCUGGCGCGAUGCUACGGUUGGGGCGCGGGGUAUACUGGUGGUAGGUUGUCGAGCAUCGCUCGAAAAAUACUGGCGUCUCGCAGUGGGUUACUGGACCGGUGGUCUAUCACAGUCAAGAAGCUGAGGAAGUUGGAACGUUCCGACAGAGAAACUGAAGCAUGCGAUCCCCUACCACUCUCAAUCAUCAAUAAUUAUUUCUCGAUAGGAGUCGAUGCGAGUAUAGCUGUAAAGUUCCAUCAAAUGCGGCAGUCGAAUCCUGGGAAAUUCUCGUCCAGGUCUCGGAAUAAGAUUAUCUACGGAGAGUUAGCUGCGUCGGAAAUCAUGAGCCGUCGGUGCAUGAACAUGCAUAAACAUAUGAAGAUCAAGCUGGAUGGCGAGGACAUCGAUAUAGCAUCGGGGCCAUCCUUGCAGUGCCUGGUCAUGCUGAAUAUUGUAUCGAUGUAUGCGGGAUGUGACAUCUGGGGAACUAAGACCAGCAAAAACUUCAAAGCCCAGGCCAUGGACGACAAAAUAUUCGAGGUAGCUGGCAUCGCCGAUCUGAAGCACAUGACCACAAUUACAGCUGGAAUUGGGAAGAAAGGUCACCGCAUCGGCCAGGGGUCGGUGCUACAAAUUACAACGGAUAUUGCUCUUCCCAUGCAAAUAGACGGAGAACCUUGGCUUCAAUCACCAUGCCAAAUUAAAAUCAAGUUCCACAAUCAGGCAAGAGUGCUGCAACCGGAGUCACCUGUCCAGACUGAGCUACAAGACCGUAGCAGUGUAUCUAGUCUACUUGGUUGAGGACACAGCCCUGCACUUUGGCUCUCAUAUCUCUUGGGGAUGAGGGGUUAAUUUCCUGAUAAGCACGACUGUACGAGUCCUGCUGGAAUACAAUGCAUUAGUCUGUACAACUUACCACGGUAGUCUGCGAGAAUUGUGACUUCCGCCUCCCUCAAAUAACAAAAUAAACUAUAAAACCUGUG